AUGGCGUCUGAGAGCGAUAAAAUCCAGGAGCGUCUCAUUGAAAGCCUUACACCGAGGCUCGAGAAGUACAUCACAGUGGAGCCGGUUCUCAAGUAUUUAUAUUUCAUCCAGCCCGAGCAACAGGAGCAGAUCAAACAGAAGUUGAACACGGACGGGGAUGUAUCAGCUGCUAGGUUGCUCAUUAACCUGGUCAUUACGACGCCGCACCAGGAAGGCUGGUUCCGGGCCUUCGUUGACGCUUUAUUUCAUGGAGGGAAUGAACUUGCAGCCAAGUAUUUAGAGUCAAACCCUCCGAUCAAGGAAGUGGAGGAAGAGAAUGAUUACUGCGUAAAGCUCAUUCGAAUACUGGCUCCCAGUCUUGUGGAGAUGAAGACAGAAGAAGUGUGUAUCCAUUGUUUAGAUCACGAGAUUCUCACCGAUGACGACAAGGAGAAGAUUUUGGCUGAAACGAGAAACAAAGGAUCCAAGAGUGGAGCCUCUGAACUUCUGAGGAGAAUCGUGAAACGUCCUCCAGGAUGGUACUCUACAUUUCUUCAAGUUCUGCGUGAGACCGAGCACAAGCACCUGUGCGAACUGACCGGAGGACCACCUGAGUGUGAGAAGGGAUCAAAUGAGAAUCACCCAUCACUUAGAGGUGAAGCUGCAGCAGAGGAGAGUCCAGAGUCCAUGGAAAUCUGUGUCGCUGAGGAGCCUCAGGAUGACUGCACAGAUCUGUAUAAAAGUGCUGACCUGCCAGAAAACAUGGAUACCUCAGAUCCAGAUUUAAAUGACUUGGGAGCAGCUACAGCAGCAACCAAAAGCCCUGAAAAAACAGAAAUCGUACUCCGGGAUUAUCAAAUGGAAGUCGCUAGACCUGCCUUGGAGGGGAAAAACGUUAUAAUAUGCCUCCCAACAGGAAGUGGUAAAACCAGAGUUGCGGUGUACAUUACCAAGAAACAUCUGGACAGCAGGAGGGAGGAGGGGAAACCAGGGAAGGUGAUCGUCCUGGUGAAUAAGAUUCCUCUUGUUGAGCAGCAUUACGCCACUGAGUUUUCACCAUAUCUAAAGCCCACAUAUAAAGUGGAGAGGGUCAGCGGAGACUCCCAGCUCAAAAUCUCUUUCGCCAAGAUUGUGCAGAGAAAUGACAUCCUCAUCUGCACGGCUCAGAUUUUGGAAAACUUCUUGGAGAGGGCUAACAGCGGAGAGGAUGAAGGGGUGAAGCUGAGCGAUCUAACGUUGAUAAUAAUAGACGAGUGUCACCACACGCAGAAAGGAGAUGUCUACAACCACAUCAUGAUGCGAUAUUUGCAGCAAAAGCACAAGAACAUUAGACUCAAGAAGGAGGAGAAGGAUCCAGUACCCCUCCCUCAGCUCCUGGGCCUGACUGCUUCACCCGGGGUUGGAAAAGCGAGCAUAAUGGAGAAAGCUGUGGAGCAUAUAAUGCGAAUUUGUGCAAACUUGGAUGCUACAAGAAUCAUGACGUGGAGCUUUGAAGGAAACCAUAAGAAACCUAGAAAACAAACAAUGUCUGCCGAGGACAAGAAAGAGGAUCCGUUCGGUGAUGUUAUAAAGACCAUCAUGAAUGCCAUUCAUGAACAUGCCAAGUUCUUCCCCACCUGUGACCUGGGCUCUCAGAAUUAUGAACAGUGGGCGGUUCAGAAAGAACGACAAGCUGCCAAAGAGGAAAAUCAGAAAGAGCGAGUUUGCGCAGAGUACCUUCGGCGGUACAACGAGGGUUUGAUUCUCAGCAACACCAUUCGGAUGUGUGAUGCCCUCAGGUGCCUGAACAAAUUCCAUGAGGAACAAAUGAAGAAGAAAACAUCCGUAGAUGAUGAGCAGAACAUACAGAUAACCGCCACGGAGAGGUUCCUCUUCAAUUUGUUCAAAGAUAACAAAGAGGAGCUGGAGAGGCUUGCAAAGAUUCCAAAUUAUGAAAACGACAGCUUGGCCAAGUUGAGAACAAAGAUUUUGCAGGAGUUCAGCACUAGACAGGAAGCCAGAGGGAUCAUUUUUACCAAAACGCGCCACAGCGCCAUUACUCUAAGUCAGUGGAUUCAAGAAAACCCCAAGUUUGCCGACAUCGGAGUGAAACCCUCGCAUGUCAUUGGAGGAGGAGACCAGAGCGAUGUUAAACCAAUGACUGCUGCUGAGCAAAAGGAUGUGCUGAAAAAAUUCAGAACUGGAGAAGUGAACGUGCUGGUUGCUACCACUGUGGCAGAGGAAGGUUUGGACAUACCUGCCUGCAAUUUUGUUAUCAGAUAUGGCCUUUCAACCAAUGAGAUCGCCAUGAUUCAGGCUCAAGGCAGAGGGCGAGCGGAGGACAGCUCUUACACUGUAGUGGAUAUAAAGAACUCUGGUGUGGCAGAAAAGGAGUGCGUGAACGAGUACCGCGAGGACAUGAUGAACAAAGCCAUCGCGAAAAUCAAAACCUUUAGUCAAGCCGACUAUAACAAACAGAUCACUGAAUUUCAGAUUCAGGCUAUAUUGGAGACGAAAGUGAGGCGCGUAAAGCAGAAGAAGAAGGCCAUCAAGGAUGAGAGUCCAUCUGCUGUGAAGUUCAGCUGUCGAGGCUGCAGCAAAAGCAUCUGCAGCGGCGAAGACAUCAACAUCAUUGAAAACGUGCACCGAGUCAACGCUACGCCACAGUUCAAGGAACUUGUCAUUCUCAGGGAAAACACAGCGCUUCAGGAGCGACGCUUGGACUAUGAGGUCAACGGUGUUAUAGCGUGCAAAGACUGUGGUCAGACAUGGGGUUCAAUGAUGAUGUACCGUGGGAUUGAGUGCCCCUGCCUCAAUGUGAAAAACUUUGUGGUGGACAUCAGAGAGAAAAAGAUCAGCAAUUGCACUAAAUGGAGUGACCUACCUGUCAAGUUUUCUUCAUUCGACUACGCUGAAUACGCCAGCCUGAUGGCUCAGAGCUCCGACGAUGAAGACUGA